AUGCGUAAGGCACUGGAAAUAAUUCUCAUUGCCAUGGUUUCGGCCACAAUGGCACAGCCUACCGCUGUCGAUUCAUCAGCCAACGUGACCGAGCUGCUGUCAAGCAUGACACUUGAGGAGAAAGUAGGACAGAUGACCCAGAUUAACCUCGAGAUGUUCUUCAAUCACGAAACAAUGGCUCUCGAUGAGGAGAAGCUCGCAUUCUACGCUGGUAGAGGUGUCGGCUCGUACUUGCAAUCCCCGUAUGCAGGUGGGAUACAAUCUGACAAUACCACGGGAUGGAAUGCAUCGCAAUGGCGUGAAGUGAUGAGCCAUAUACAAACAGCUACUCUCAAUGCCUCUCGACUAGAUAUACCAAUGAUCUUUGGUAUUGAGAACGUGCACGACGGAACCUACUACAGGGCUCCACACUCUUUGGCCAGCAAAUCAGUGCGUCUGCGUCGUUCAAUUUAG